GAGCGUGCCGAAGACUGCGGAUCUGAAGUCUCGUUGACGCGUCUGCAGUUACUGCGGUGCUCCUCCUCCAGGUAGGCCCUGCUGGAGGGAUCGGCCCUCGGCCACCCGGGACUCCUCCCUGCAGCAAGUCCGCUAUCCGCCGCGACCACGCCCCUCCGCGCCCUUGGCCCUGACUGCUCCUGCGCCCCGCUGGUGCGCCCCGGGAGAAGGGGCAAGGCACCCACCCUCCUGCAGGUGGAGCGGGGCGGAGGCUCUUCCCGACCCCAGCCGCAGGACGCUGAGGACCAGCGAGAUUCAUAGAAUCAAUUAUGGGUGUGAGAGGUUUACAGGGUUUUGUGGGAAGUACCUGCCCACAUAUAUGUACAGUAGUAAAUAUCCAAGAGCUGGCAGAGCGCCACAGAAACAAGUACCCUGGAUGUCCCCCUACCAUCGUGGUGGAUGCCAUGUGCUGUCUCCGAUACUGGUACACACCAGAAUCCUGGAUCUGCGGUGGCCAGUGGCGAGAAUACUUUUCUGCCUUGAGAGAUUUUGUAGCCGCCUUCACAUCUGCCGGCAUCAAGUUGAUAUUCUUCUUUGAUGGCAUGGUGGAGCCAGGUAAGAGAGAUGAGUGGGUAAAGCGAAGACUUAAAAACAACAGGGAGAUAUCCAAGAUUUUCCACUAUAUCAAGUCAAAGCGAGAUCAGCCAGGCAGGAACAUGUUCUUCAUUCCCUCCGGGCUAGCCAUAUUUACACGGUUCGCUCUGAAGUCCUUGGGCCAGGAAACCUUCUGUUCAUUACAGGAGGCAGACUAUGAGGUAGCUUCCUAUGGUCUCCAGCACAACUGUCUUGGGAUCCUUGGGGAAGACACUGAUUACUUGAUUUAUGACACUUGUCCCUACUUUUCAAUUGGUGAUCUCUGCCUGGAGACUCUGGAAACCAUCAUGCUCUGUCGAGACAAGCUCUGUGAGAGUCUGGGCCUCCAUGUGGCAGACCUUCCUCUGCUGGCCUGUCUGCUUGGCAACGACAUCACCCCAGAGGGCAUGUUUGAAAGCUUCCGGUACAAGUGCUUGUCCUCCUAUGCUUCUGUGAAAGAGAAUGCUGGCAAAAAAGGAAAUAUUAUCUUAGCUGUCUCAGACUAUAUCUCCAAAGUUCUUCACUUGCAUCAAGGUGAGAAAAAGAUAGAAGAGAUGUUACCCUUGGGACCAAACAAAGCUCUUUUUUAUAAAGGAGUGGCAUCAUAUCUUUUGCCAGGGCAGAAAUCUCCAUGGUUAGUUCAAAAACCCAAAGGUACAAUGACAGACAAGCAAGUGGUGAGUUUAAACCCUGAAUCUAAGCAGGAAGUUCCUAUGUGUGUAGAUCUGGAGUCCAAGCAAGAAGUUUCUGCAUGUAGUAAUCCCGAGUCCAUGCAAGUAGUUCCCAUGUGUAUGGAUCCUGAAUCCAACCAAGAAGCUUCCAUGUGCGCAGAUCCUGAAUUCAAACAAGUUCCCAUGUGCACAGAUCCUGAAUCCAAACCAGAAGUUCCCAUGUGCACAGAUCCUGAAUCCAAGCAAGAAGUUUCCAUAUAUGCAUACCCAGAGGUCAAGCAAAAAUUACCUCCAGAAACAGAGGCUGAAUUUAAUCUAGAAGUACUCAUGUGUACACACUCUGAAAUUAAACAAGAAGACGCCAUGGAUAUGGAACCUGAAAUUAAACAAGUAACCAUGGUUUCAGACUCCGAAAUCUUAAAGGUUGCCAAGAUGAAUCAUGUCCACUCAGAAAGCUACCUAGUGUACAACAUUAUGAGCAGUGGAGAGAUUGAGUGCAGCAACACCCUGGAGGAUGAGCUGGACCAAGCUCUACCCAGCCAAGCCUUCAUCUACCGUCCAGUCCGGCAGCGUGUGUACUGGCUUUUACUUGGGGACUGGAAAGAUGGAGCCAGCACCGGCCCGGUGGUCAAGGAGUGGUUUGUGUACCCUGGGAACCCCCUGAAGCAGCCAGACCUUGUUAGGCCUCUGCAGAUGACUGUUCAAGGGGGAACACCUAGUUUGGAAGUUUUGUGGUUGAGUCAAGAGCCAGCAGCACAGGCCCGGCGCCUGGACACAUUGCUGGCCUGCUUCAACCUCUCCUCCUCAAGAGAAGAGCUACAGGCCGUUGAGAGUCCGUUGAGAGCACUGUGCUGCCUCCUAAUCUACCUCUUUGUCCAGGUGGACACUCUUUCCCUGGAAGAUCUACACGCGUUUAUUGCUCAGGCCUUGUGCCUCCAAGGAAAGUCAACCUCACAGCUUAUGAACUUACAGGAAGCCGACAGUAUGAGCAUGACCAGUGGAGACGAUACUAGACAUCUUGCAGAAAGUGUGGGAAGAGGAUGCAGGGCCCAGACUCCACACUCCUUCAGAGUAACGUCACCCAGUCUGACCAGCAAGGCGAUGGCAACUGGAACCACACUUCAAAGGAAGGAAAAAUUACCUUUCAGAGGUUUCUCCCACACGUAUUGUAAAAAACACCCAUUGGUUUGGUUCCAAAGGUUGCUCCUGACUCCAUGACCCACAACACCAUCACUGACAUCACAUAUGCUCUCCUGAUCUUAGCAGGACUCUAGAUUGUGAAAAUGUUUUCCCAAAUCAUUAGUCUUUGAAAUCAUGGAGUCUUAGUUACUUUUCUAUUACUGUGAAAAGACACCAUGACCAAGGCAACUUAUAAAAGAAAGCAUCUGAUGUGGGGCUCAAGGUUCCAGAGGGUAGCAGAGUCCAUGACCAUCAUGUCAGAGAGCAUGGUGGCAGGCAGGCUAAUGAACACUUACUAACUGGGAAUAGCUCAGGGUUUUGAAACUUCAAAGCCCACCCCGUUGACACACCCCCUCCAGCGUAGCCACGCCUCCUCCAGCGUGGCCACUCCUAAUCCUUUCCACCAACUGGAGACCAAGCAUUCAAACAUUAGCCUGUGCGGGUCAUCCUCAUUCAGUCCAUGACACAUGAAAUCUAAUAGCCAUACAAUCUGUUGGAAAUUACUUUUUCGUUAUAAAUUCUAACAGAAGUCAAUUGUCUACUUCUUUUCUUGAUCCUCAGAAGUGUUUGGAUAGAAAAAAUAAACUAAACUCUUGCUUGCUUAUGGGAAAGUUGGUUCUGCUUGGAGGAGAGAUGGCUCAGCAGUUAAGAACAAUGGCUGCUCCUCUAGAGGACCCAGGUAUGGUUCCCGUCACCAACAUGAUAGCUCACAACUGUUUUUAACUCCAGUUCCAGGGGACCUAAAGUGUCUUCUGGCCUCUGUGGACUCCAGACACACAAGUGAUGCACAGACAUCCAUGCAGGCAAAACAACCAUUAAGAUGAACUAAAAAAGUAAAAUAAACUUUUUUAAAGGAGCACACUGGGUCAGGCUUAGAAGUAAGGUCCUCUUUAACCUUUGAGGUUAUUACCUGUCUCCACUGGGGACAUGAGAAUAGCUGUGCCCAGGGCCCUUAUGGCCAUGCUGUGUCUCUGAGGACACUUAGUUCACUUGGGAGAUGCAAGCACUCCUGACCCCUGAAGAUGUGUCCUUCCAUGCUGCUGUCUGUAAAUUCUUAGUAAGCCUCUAAAAAUGCUCAUUUUCAUCUUUACACUGACAGUUACCCAGAUGACCCUGGCUCAAGUGUGCUGCACAGAGCUCUUGGGUUUCACCUUGAAAUUCUUAUAUUUACCAGAAAGGUAUAUAGCUCCCACAUGUGAACACAUUUGUAUUUGGUCAGCUCCUUUCUGCUCCUGAAGGACAUCUGCAUACUGUGUCUGCAUACUGUGUCUUGUAGCUGCUAUGACUUUAAUGCCUGGAUUUGGAACUGGCCUUUCUGAUCCUCUAGUGAAUGUUUUGUUUCCCUCUGAUAUUCACUUCCUGUCCUCCUCAUGUGUGCUGCUUUGAAACAUUGCUGCCUUUAGGUGUUCUGUUUCUCUGCUGUUUUCCUGUGUAACUUCAAGUUAAGUUUAUGAUCUCUUAGAAAGUAUAUUUCUAUGAAAGCUGUUUUCCUUCACAGAAUCUGUAUUUUGACCUGUCAAUAAAAUAUGAAUGUCAUUCACAAGCUUAAAUGA